CAGAUGGAGCUAAAGGAUUUCUGCAGUGAAGCUGGCUCAGUUUAUACACGUCAGGUUCGCGUCAUCUCUGCUCUGCUGGCCCUUGGACGGAACACAGACGAGCGUACAAUUUCUUUAUUUGCCGGUUGUUAAAAAUGGCAGUGAACACGAGCACAUCGUUAGUUUUGUCUAGUCUGCUGUCAGUCCUGGUCUUUGCAGGAAUGCAGAUGUUCAGUCGGCAGCUUGGCUCAUCCGAGGUGCUAACCAUCCUAGGAGGCUUCCUGGGCUCUGUGCUUUUCGUCUGCUCUCUCACUGCUUUCAAUAACCUGGAGAACCUUGUCUUUGGCAAGGGCUUUCAAGCCAAGAUCUUCCCAGAGAUUCUUGUGUGCCUGUUCCUCUCGCUGUUUGCCUCUGGUUUGGUGCACCGUGUGUGUGUGACAACAUGUUUGAUCUUUUCGAUCUUUGCACUGUAUUACAUCAACAAAGUAUCAGCAGCUCUGUACCAGGCCGCACCUGCUCCAGCUCCAGCCAAAAUCACCAGCAAAGGCAAAAGAAAGAACUGAUGCACUUAUGACAUCCUCUUACUCCCCCAGUCACCCAUUCAGCCACCAAACUGCUGUGUACUUAAACUACAAAAUUUGAUGUUUUUGUUACAGCAGGCUUUAUGUCAUUCCAGUCACAUUGUUAAGAUAUCCAAGCAUCUUUUGUUUUGGCAGUUCUGGCUUUAUUUUUGGUUCUGCUUGUUGAAUAUUUUUGUUUAAAGGAUUUGUUAUUAAAAGUUGAAAUAAGGAA